AAGCCAGCGAAAAACUUUAGUAUACCUGUGGAACAAAGGUGUACAUAGUGCAAAAGAGCUUUAUGCUCGAACUGGUAUCCCCCGGUCUACUAUUUACAACAAUAUAAAAAGGUUAAAAAAGCAAAUUAAAAAGGAUUCGUCUAUUUCAACAAGAACUUUAGCAGCAUACCUAUCAAGUAUAGGUAAUGACAUUUCAUAUAGAACAAUUGAAAGGCAUUUGGCUAUAAUGGGAUAUGUGAAAAAUAUUCCACAAAAGACCUCCAUAUUGACCAAUGACCAAAAAAGAAAGAGACAUUGGCAUAAGAAAGGUCAACAGCCAAUUCGUCCAAUUCCUAAAGACCGUACUAAAAUUAAAAAAUUUUAUGUUGAAAUUGUACGCAAGCACCUUCCUGAAGUAAAAAAAAUG